UGAAGUUAUGUUAAAUCAUAUUCUAUAUAUACGUGGAGUAUAUCCUGCACAAAUAUUUAAAAAAAGACGCGUCUAUAAUACGCCGUGCGAAGCCUAUUGGAAUCCCAAUUAAAGUUGAAGCUCGAGAUGCUGAUAUACCAAACCGACAGUGAGAACAUUGUUAAUAAGGAAAGAUAUUUCUUUGAGCUACAAGCUCCCGCUACAAGUGGCACCUUCAAUUCAGAUCGAUACUUAAACGAAUAUGAGCAAGAGCUAAGCGCUGCGCUUUAUAAGCUGGCGGAACGCGUCAAGACUCUACCAGCACUUGGUUCCCAGACAAAAUUUAAGCUGCACAUACAUACCACGCAGUCAUCAUUUACGCAGCUUAAUCAGGAUGCACAACAGCAGGAGUUUCCCUGGAUGAUAACAACAACCGAGACGAAGCAUAAUGCCAAGCUACUACCUUUGGUCAAUAUAGAGAGCUUGGGCUUAAAGAUGGAGGCACAUAUUGUUUCUUAGCUAUACUUGUUGAAUUUAUUAAAAGUUUACAAAAAG